AAAAGAUUUUUGAAAUGAGUUCUUUUGAUAAUCAUAAUUGUAAUAUAGAUGGAUUUUUAAUAACUUUUAAAUCAUUUAUUGAUCUUGUUGAAGAUUCUUUAAUUUCUUUACCAGCUGAAAUUUUAAAAGAAACAUUUAUAAAAAGAAUAAAUAAUGUCAGAAAAUAUCUUAAUGAUAAGAAAUAUGUUUCAAAAGAACCAGAAUAUAAUUUAUUGGAGGAUUUUUUGGAUGUUUAUGGAGAAUUUGUAUCAUUAAUUAAAAGUCAUGAAAAAGUUGAUCAUUAUGCAAAAGUUUUAAAUAUUAGUACAUCUAAUUGUUCAAAAAUUAUUUUUAUAACUCAGAAGCUGUUUUUUGUUUCUAUUCAGGAGAUUGAUUUGGAAUAUAUAAUGAAUAGUUAUAUGUCUGAAAAACGAUAUAUGAUUAGAUUGAUAAUGAAUAUAUUUCGUCUUAGUUCAGACGAAAAACAUCCUUACUAUGAUGUUUUUAAUAUUCUUGUUUUGGAAUUUCAAAAAGACGAAAAUUUUAUGGAUAAUCUUAUAGAAAUGAUGGAAACUGUACAAAAAUAUACAUCUCCUUCGUAUUCUUUAGAUGAAUUUAAUCUAACGUCUUGGUUAAGAAAUAUACUAAAAAAGCAAUUCGAAUUACUUAGGCUCAUUUUUAUUUCAAUUUAUUAUAAAAUACCUUGUACUUUAAAAAUGGCUGUUAAUUGGUUUAAACUAAUGAAAGAAUUUCAUUAUUUAUUAAACAAGAAAAAGGUAUAUAGUAUCAAUAAUGAAGUUAAUCUAUUACAACAAAUUGUUUCUCUGUCUCUUAUUAUUUCGAUAGAAAUAAUAAGGCCAAGCCGUAAUUUAAAUUUUUUAAAUGAAAACCUGCAUGAUAAUACCUUUUAUAGUUCACCUGAUGCAUUUCUAGAAGUUCAUAAUAUAAUUGUAAAAUUAGUAGAAGAUCCAGUUUGGUCACCUGUAAUUAUAGCUUGGGGUAUAAUUUUGCAUGAACUUUUUGUUGAUAUUACAGAAAGACAGGAUUUUUCUAAAGAAUAUCACUCAAUUCAAGAUCAGAUUUUUCCUAAUAAUUCAUUUGAAUCAUCUAAAUAUCUCAUUGAAAUAUCUUUAAAAAAUAAUGUUCUUAGCAUGAUUGGCAAUAUGAUUUCAUCUUUUUCUCCUGAUGAAGAUCUUUGCAUUGAUACUUAUAGAAUGGUUUUAAGAGAGCUCUUUCGAAAAAUAUUAAAUUAUGUCAAGUUUUCUGACAGUGUAGUAAAUUGUUUUAUAAAAAUUCAUGAAAAUAUUUCUUCGGAUUCAAAAUUGGCAUAUUUAUUUUGGUCAGAUGAUAUUAUUGUGCGUUUACUUCAUUCUGCAAGAACGAGGUUUCCAUAUGACUUUUUCUCUAUGAUUCGUAUUUGUAGAUCUGUUUCUUCAGAUUCUAAGUCAACAUAUGAUUUCUUAAAGAGCAUACCUACAUUUACCCAGAUAACUCCUGUUGGGUUUAAGGGUUAUGAUAUAUUAGAGGAAGAAUUUAAUGGAACUCUUGUUAAAUUAAGUGAUGAUUUAAAAAUUUUCUCUGCAAAAAUAUCUGAUAAUUCUAAUGACAUAAUAAUUCCUAAAUAUAGUCUUGGAAGAAUUAUAUCUUACGAUAUUUCACCUCCAGUUAUUAUGUGGGAUUAUUGUUAUUCUUCAUGGGAAUUUCUUGGAAAAAUAUUAGUAAUAAGUUUAACUGAUAGAUUGUUUAUAAAAAAUCAAAAAAUUAUUAUUGAAAUUAUUUUAAUUAUGACAAGUAUUUUGAAAUCUAGCGAUGAUCUAGGCAAACAACUUAUUAUAGAUAUAUCAUCUGAUUUAAUAGAUCAGAGCGAUAUUAUUGGAGUAGUAAGAGAAAUAUGCUCUUUAUCUCUUCAGCUUAAUGAAGCGCCUCAAUGUGUGCCUCUUAAUUUAAUAAGUGCAUCCAUUGAUUUUUUCUCAGAAGUUAUAAGAUCAUCUUCUAAAAAUUGGUCACAUAUUUUUAAAUUAAAUCUAUUAAAUAAGGAUAGAAAUUCUGGUCUUCUUUAUAAUAUUUUUUCUUUUGAAAUUGUUCUUGCUAAUUAUUCAGUUCAAAUAUCUUUUUUAAAACUUUUAAGAGUAUUGUUAGAAAACUAUAUUUCAAUUACCGAUUAUCAACAUAAUUUGCAAGCUUUUCAAGCAGAUUAUAUAACAAAGGCUUUUAAAUAUACGUAUGAGUUAUUCGAAAGCUUCAUUGAAUGGAGGUAUACUUAUUUAUCUCAAAAAUAUGAUAUAGGACUUAUUAUAACAUCCUUGUUUUUGAGAAUUCUUGAGUUUACAUAUGAUUUAGAUUAUCGUUAUCAAAAUUCUCCUAUCAUAAAUUCAAUAAAACCUUUAGCUCAGCUUAUAUUAGAUAAAUUUCUUUCUCAAAAUUCAGAUUCUAGGUGUUUACAUACAUUAUGGAAAGUUUUUGAAGAUAAACAUAUUACAAAUACUUAUAAUGUAUGGGUAAAACAGACCAUUAAUUUCAUAGAUUGUCUCAUUAGAAUUCGUGACUGGAUAAAACUUCCUUUAUCUGCAUUGGAAAAACAGUUAUUUCAAAGACUUCCAUCAAUAUUAAGUUUUUUGCAAUCUUCUAAGCAAUAUUAUAUUCCUAUAUUGCGAUUGAUUACAAAUAUGAUUUCAUCAUCAUCUCAAAAACUACCUUCUUUGUUGGCAUAUCUUUCACAUUAUACUAGUAUCUUUAUAGAAAAUCUUAAAUAUAUUGUUUCUAAUCCAAUAAUUGAUCAAAGCAUUAAAACUCAUGUUUGGAAAUUUUCUAGUGCUGUUAUUAAAUUUCAACAAGGAUUGGCUAUUCUUCUUUUAACAGGCAAUAGUUCUUUUCAACAAAAUACACAAUUUAAACAGGAAAACUCUGAUUCUCUAUUUAAACUAGCAAUUUUGGAGUUAUAUAAAAUAAACGACAUUUAUUCUAUAUUAAAUUCAGAAUAUUUUGCUUCAUUUCUUGAAUUUAUCGCAAAUGCUCAGAAUUGUUGGGUUUCUGUUGUUCCAUUAGAAUUUAAAGAUGACAAGUUUUGGUCGAAAAUUUUAACUUUAAUAGAUUGGGUUAGUACUUUAAAAUUGAACUCUUCAACAAAUUUGUCUUCUAUAUGUUAUCAAAUCGUUGGUGUUGCUUUUUCAGUACAGAUUUGCACUGCAGAAAUAUACUUACAAUCACAAACUCAAUCAACUAUAUUAAAAGCUGGUUUUAAAAAAUCUUUAUUAAGUAAACUUGAUUCUUAUUCAAAAUUUGUGUUAAAUAUAACUGGAUAUCGUGUAUCACUUCAUUCUAAUUUGAAAAAGAAUUUUGAGAAAACAUAUUCUGAUAAGUCUUUACUUUGUUUUAGAAACAGUGGAAUUAUUAAAUCUCCAUCAUAUGGUGAUGAGUAUUUCUAUAAUUUACAUAUAACAAAUAUUAUUUUAGGAAACAAUAAAGUAUCAUUGGCAUAUUUAAAUGAAAUGAAGGAAGCAAAUUUAAACUUGUCAUUUUUAGAUGCACAAGUGACACUUUUAAGAGCUUGGAUUUUUCUUUGUUCAUCUAUUUUUCAUCCUAAGUCUUUAGAAAUAGAAAAUCUGAAGACUUAUGUGAAUAUUAUUGUGAUUGCAUUAAAAGCUAAUUCAAAAGAAAAUAUUGAUCUUUCAAUUAUGAUGCCGAUUGCACAUGAAAGAGCAGAAUUGUCAUUAUUUCUUACGAUGCAUCUUCAGGCAAUUAAAUCUAAAUUUAAUUUAGGGACUUAUUUUUCUACUAUUCUAUUACAUGCAUGGGAAGCAAUAAGCUCUUCAGAAACAAAUUUUUUGCUUUCAAUUGGCACUAAGAAUUCACAAUAUACUCGUACAUUAUUAAGAAUAAUAUAUAUAUGUUUACAUGGAAUUAAUUCAUCAGAAGAUAACAUUGAAAAUCAUACAAUGUUUCCUAUUUUAAUAGGUUUAUCUGAUCUUGUCUUGGCACGUGGUGCUUCUAAGUUAUUUUCAAAGGCUUUAGAAACGCAAAAUUCUGUUUUUCCUUCAGAUAUUAUGUUAUUUGCUGCUAUUGCAGAAGAAAUUUUUGAUAUUCAAGGGAUUGAGGCAUUAUAUGAUACUAUAACUACUUCAAUGUUUCAGCAUGAUAAUUUCCAUUCAAUUAUAACUUUCUUUUCUAAUAUUGAUCCUAUCAAAGGAAAUCAAGAUAACUAUCUUUUUGCUGAAGUAAGUCUUUUAUUUUUAUAUACAUUUUCAUCAAUUCCAUCACUAUCAGAGCAAUUGGUUGUAUAUGGAUUAUUAAACAUACUUAUUGAUGCAUCUAUUUGUCAUCAAGUUCAAGAAAAAGUUAUAAAUAUACAAAAUUCUAAUAUAGGAUCUAUUUCUUUGAGUUUAUAUCAAUUAUGGGUUCGUGGUAUUUUGCCUAUUGUUGUAAAUUUACUUCGUCAUGUUGGAAGUCGAAUUUUUGUUGAAAUAAAUGGCUUUCUAAAAAUUUAUGAUCUACAGAUACAAACAGCUUUUGAAAAUUGGAAUAGGCCUACUAUUAUUACUAGUUUAGUUAUUGAAGAAACUUUCUUGUUAGUUAUGAUAUUCGAUAUCUUACACAUGGAAGGAAACAAUAAUAAUGAUUAUUUAUUUAACAAAACAGAACUAUUAGAUUCGAUUACAUAUUUACUUUCACAUCCAAAAUACUUGGCUACUUUGAUUAUGCCAGUAACAGAAAUGGAUCAUUUAAUGGCAGCAAAACUUUCAGACGAUAAUGAAAUAGUUCCCUCAGCAAAAUUUGUCAAUUAUAUAUCAGAAAAACUAGAAGGAUUACGCAAUGUUUUACAAGAACACUAAUUAGCAUUUUAAAUAUUCAUAUUAAAAAUAAUUUUUUAUAUUAAA